AUGACCAUCAAAGACUUCCGGGUCUGUCAGCUUGGGUCAGGGUUUCCUGAAGAGGGUCAACUGUUGGCUGCCCCUAUGCUCGCAGUUUGCGUGCGCUUGUUGCUGCUGUGUGAGAAGAACUUGAAGAAUUUUGCCUCAAAAUGUGACUUCCUGAUCCUGGAUACAUGGUUUUGGGAGAUUGUUUCAAUCACUUUCAGCAUCGCUUGCUUUAUCGCUAUCUGUAGCGUCUUGUUAAGUUACGACCAGAAAGCAAUGCCCAAUUUCCCAAAGGGUCUAACGCUCAAUACGAUCGUGUCUAUUUUAGCGACUGGAUCCAAGUCCGCUCUACUCUGUAUGGUCGGAACCUCGAUUGGGCAACUCAAAUGGAUAUGGUUUCAAGGUAGAAAGAAGCGUCCGGUAUAUGACCUACAGUCGUUUGAUGAUGCAAGUCGCGGCCCUUGGGGCUCAGUGAUGAUAUUACUCCGUUGCUCGCGUAAGGGAUCUUCCGUUCUGUCGCUUGGGGCUAUUAUCACCGUCCUCAGCCUAGCAUUUGAUCCAUUUAUUCAGCAAGUUCUUCGAUUUCCUGUCAGACAAGUUAUCAGCAGCUCUAGCACUGCAGUGGUUGAACAAGCAGUUCUUGCGUUUAAACCUACCCCUGGUGUUACUUCAGAUCUUUUUUUUGGGGCGAUUGAGACUGGGCUGUGGUCAGGAAAUUUUGAUUUAAACCCAACCUGUCCUUCAGGAAAUUGUACCUGGCCUACUUUCCAGUCUGCGGGAUGGUGCAGUAAAUGUGAAAAUGUCACAUCUGCAGCUACUCUUGUUGGCUGCGACAUUGCUUCAUUCAACACCAGCAGCCAUGAGGCUCAGGUUGUACCUUGCAGCAUCACCCUUUCAGAUGGAACUUGGUUUGAUAAUGCUAUCGAGGGCGCUUGGCAAGACACCGUCUAUGGUGGCCAUUUUGUGCUAGAUUUUUCAACCGAACAAAUAGCGAAAGUCAAUAAUCGAACUGGCCCGUAUCUAAAUCAGAGUAUUCUGGGAGUAUGGAGCCCGCUCAUGGCUGUCUCAUAUAUUGAACUCUCGCCUCUUUGGAACAGUACCGCUGCCAAGUUCAAAGAGAAACUGGAAAUCAACCAUGGCGUCCCAUCGAUCCAAACAUCCUCUCCAGAGUUUGGAGAAAUAUUCUAUUCAGGAAAUGAUAGUAUUAUCCCAUACCGGGAUUCAUUCAAGGACUCAAAGGCGAUUGAAUACGGCGGACAACAGGAUAGAAAAUGUUGGAAACCUGAGCGUGGCGCACUCGUCAAUGUCACAUUAACCAAGGACAAUUGGCCACCCGAAUCUACAUUGUGGGAGAAUGCCCAGUUUGCUGGCUGUCCAGUUCCCGAGGAUCCCUCAUAUAGUUGGGUAAACGGAGUCACCACGUUGAGUAUGCUCUACAAUAAUACAGACCAACUGUGGCAUUGGUGCAUGAAGACAGCCCCAGAUUUGGCUCUGCAACGUAUUAACGGCCCUAACUUUGCCGACGUGAUGAGCAACAUCGCAGCGUCUAUGACCAAAUACGCCCGAGAUAUAAGUAAUCAGACUGUCCAAGGCAUAGCGUACGUACCUCAGGUGUACGUUUCCGUGGAUUGGGCCUUUUUGAUCCUACCGGGUCUGCUUAUCUUAUUGGGCAUCAUCUUCCUCUUGUUGACGAUUUCGGUCAACAGCAAACAUGACCUGGGUCUGUGGAAAUCGUCCAUAUUACCUGCGAUAUUCCAUGGACUCCCUGGAGGAAUGAUUUCUAACGAAUAUUCCACUGCUAGCACAAUGGAGCGAGUUGCACAGGAGGCUACUGUUAGCCUUGAGGUUUCUGAUUCUGAAAAAAGGCUGCUGCUGCGGUAA